AUGCCUCAGCUACUGAAAAUCGGUGUGUCCCAAUCGCACACACUCUCGUCCCUGCAAGAAACCCUGUCCGCCCUUCGUGAGACGACCCAGUUAGCUGCGCAGAAAGACCUGUCCAUCCUUCUUUUCCCGGAAGCCUACCUAGGUGGGUACCCAAGAACAUGUGCCUUCGGCGCGGCCGUCGGAGCACGCACAGACGCUGGCCGUGAUCAGUUUCUCGCCUACACUAAGUCCGCAGUGGAUUUAGGGGAUACACCGCAAGGGGCUGGAGAUGACUGGAUCGAGCGGAAGCUGCCAGUGAACAAAGAGACGGGUCGAAGAGGGGACGGGACCAGGGAGUUUCUCGAAGAUGUUGCACGAGAGACAGGCGUGUUUGUCGUGACUGGACUCAUCGAAAAGGCAGGCGGAAGUCUCUACUGUGCGGCAGUAUAUGUCGACCCUAAGAGAGGCAUCAUAGGCAAGAGAAGGAAAAUCAUGCCCACAGGCUCGGAGCGGCUGGUGUGGGCCCAAGGUCAGCCGUCCACUCUAAAAGCGGUAGCCACAACCAUCAGGGGAGUCAGAGUGGUCAUGGGAUGUGCUAUAUGCUGGGAGAAUUUCAUGCCUCUGUUACGGUACAGUCUUUACAGCCAAGGCGUGAAUUUAUGGUUAGCACCUACCGCGGACCCGAGGGAUACGUGGGAACCGCUGAUGAAGACUGUUGCUGGGGAAGGCCGCUGUUUCGUCCUCUCAACCAACCAAUGUAUGAAGAAGAAGGACUUGCCUACUUGGAUCACGGGCAACCCAAGCGAGUGGUUGUCUAAACGGCCCAAGCCCGAUUCGGAGACGUUGAUGAAUGGCACUACUUCUCCAAACCACCAUCCCGCGACCGGUGGCCGACGGCUCUCCAUGACCCGCACGGAAGAGAACCACGAGAUAGCAUGGCGCUGCAAAGACGCUCCGAUCGACGAAAGCAAACCUCUCGAAUCAUCCACACCGCUCAGUGACGGGGAAGAAUUCGUCUCCCGAGGCGGCGCCUGCAUUGUCAACCCACUAGGCCGAACCAUUGCAGGGCCGAUAUGGGAGAAAGAAAACGAACUCUUGUGGGCAGAGGUCGACUUCGACGAUUGUGAGAGGGGACACUUAGAUUUCGACGCCACGGGCCAUUAUGCGCGCCCGGACGCGUUCAAGUUGACGGUGGAAGGGUUGGAGUUGAUCCCGCCUCCUUGA